CCGACCUCGGCAAUCUUUCACUCUUUCCCUCCAACCCCUCUCUCUCUCUUUCUCUGACACUUUCCUUCUGCACAGAAAUCUCCCCCACACCAAGUAUUUUUUCUCUGUGCCCUUUUGUUGUAGAAAUUCCUCUCGUUGCCUUGAGUGUGUGUGUGUGUGUGUUUGUGUGUGUGUGUGUCGAGUGUAUUUGGGGGAAGAUGGGUGGAAAUAGCAGAACGGAGGGAAUGAAGGUGUGGAUAGCCUGAGCUGUGAACCGGAUUGCGCUGAUAGAGAGGAGAAAGGAGGAGAGGAGCAUGAUGCUGCCGUGUGCCUGCUGAGCCAGCCAUUUCUCCUGCUUACAGCGUCACCGCCGCUACGCCGGGAGACGCCGGGAGACGCCGACUGACAAGAGAGAGAGACGGGCAGAGAGAGACACUUCAGCUGUCAUCUUCUAACUCUCUCUUUGUCUCUCUCUCUCUCUCUCUCCCUCUCUCUGAUUUUACCCUUCUUGUCUUGGAGUUCCAGCAGUGCGGACCCCUCGGGGAGAGGGGCUGCUGGCCGGAUAAAGCCCACUGCGAGCCUCUGUUUUGGAGAUAGAAGCUGAUUUCAUUUGAAAACUUUCUACUGGAAAUUUUUGUCUUUCGAAAACUCUUCUGCGUUGGACGCGGUGUCAUUGGGUCUUCCUCUCGGAGUCUCGCAUCAAUGUUAUUGCAGACUGGUCUUCACUGAGUCUGUGGCUGUUUGGUGUGGCGUGAAAACAUGGAGCUUCAGAGUGCCACCGCUAGUAUCCCAGGACCGCUCUCUCCGGGGCCUCUCUCCCCAGCAUCUGACCUCCCCGGGCUGCUGUCCCCAUCGUCGGUCCUCGGGCCCUCUGAGGCCCACAGUCCCGGUAAAGCCCCGAGCCCAAACCUCAGCCCCAUUAGGGGGCCGAGCCCUGGCCCUGCUGUCCCUGGCUACUCCGGGCAGGCCACCUUUAACUACAACCAACUGGAGGGGAGAUUUAAGCAGCUUCAAGAUGAGCGUGAGGCUGUGCAGAAGAAGACCUUCACUAAGUGGGUCAACUCCCACCUGUCCAGGGUCUCCUGCCGCAUCACCGACCUCUACAUGGACCUCCGGGACGGACGGAUGCUCAUCAAACUACUGGAGGUUCUCUCCGGAGAGAGGCUGCCCAAGCCCACCAAGGGCCGGAUGCGCAUCCAUUGCCUUGAGAAUGUGGACAAAGCCCUGCAGUUUCUGAAAGAGCAGAGGGUCCAUCUUGAGAACAUGGGCUCCCACGACAUCGUUGAUGGAAAUCACCGCCUCACUCUUGGUCUUAUAUGGACCAUCAUCCUCCGCUUCCAGAUCCAGGACAUCAGCGUGGAGACUGAGGACAACAAGGAGAAGAAGUCUGCUAAAGAUGCCCUGCUGCUCUGGUGUCAAAUGAAGACAGCAGGCUAUCCAAAUGUCAACAUUCACAACUUCUCGACUAGCUGGAGAGACGGCAUGGCCUUCAAUGCCCUUAUUCACAAACACAGACCUGACCUAAUAGAUUUUGACAAGCUGAAGAAGUCAAAUGCCCACUACAACCUGCAGAACGCCUUCAACCUGGCAGAGCAACACCUGGGCCUCACCAAGCUGCUGGACCCUGAGGACAUCAGUGUAGACCACCCGGAUGAGAAGUCCAUCAUCACCUAUGUCGUUACGUACUACCACUACCUGAAGGUGGAGGGGAAGCGUAUUGGCAAGGUGCUGGACCGCAUCGAGACGGAGAAGAUGAUUGAAAAGUACGAGUCGCUGGCCUCGGACCUGCUGGAGUGGAUUGAACAGACGAUUAUCAUCCUCAACAACCGUAAAUUCGCCAACUCCCUGGUGGGAGUCCAGCAACAACUCCAGGCCUUCAACACCUACCGCACCGUGGAGAAGCCCCCGAAGUUCGUUGAGAAGGGGAACUUGGAGGUUCUCCUCUUCACUAUUCAGAGCAAGAUGAGGGCCAACAACCAGAAGGUGUACACACCCCGCGAAGGAAAGCUCAUCUCGGACAUCAACAAGGCCUGGGAGCGCCUGGAGAAGGCCGAGCAUGAGCGCGAGCUGGCUCUGAGGACGGAACUGAUUCGACAGGAGAAGCUCGAGCAGCUCGCCCGACGCUUUGACCGCAAGGCGGCCAUGAGAGAGACCUGGCUCAGUGAGAACCAAAGACUGGUCGCCCAGGAUAACUUCGGCUAUGACCUCCAGGCAGUGGAGGCCGCCACUAAGAAGCAUGAAGCCAUAGAGACGGACAUUGCAGCCUAUGAGGAGCGUGUGCAGGCCGUGGUGGCGGUAGCGAAGGAGCUCGAGGCGGAGUCUUACCAUGACAUCAAACGCAUCACUGCCAGGAAGGACAAUGUCAUCCGUCUGUGGGAGUACCUGCUGGAGCUCCUGAAGGCACGCAGACACAGGCUGGAGUUGAACCUGGGCCUGCAAAGGGUCUUCCAGGAGAUGCUGUACAUCAUGGACUGGAUGGAUGAGAUGAAGAUGCUGCUGUUGUCUCAGGACUACGGGAAGCAUCUGCUGGGCGUGGAGGACCUGCUGCAGAAACACGCUCUGGUGGAGGCCGACAUUUCAAUCCAGGCCGAUCGCGUCCGAGCCGUAAACAACAACGCACAGAGGUUCGCCAGCGACACCGAGGGCUACAAGCCAUGUGACCCUCAGGUGAUCUGUGACCGCAUCGCUCACAUGGAGUUCUGCUACCAGGAGCUGAACCAGCUGGCCUCGGAGCGCCGGGCCCGACUGGAGGAAUCCCGACGCCUCUGGAAAUUUUUCUGGGAAAUGGCCGAAGAAGAGGGAUGGAUCAGGGAGAAGGAACAGAUCCUGUCCUCUGAGGAUUGUGGGAAGGAUUUGACGGGCGCGGUGCGACUGCUCAGUCAGCACAAAGCCUUUGAAGAUGAGAUGUGCGGGCGUGCAGCUCAUCUACAGCAGACCAUCAAACAGGGGGAGCAGCUGGUGGCCGACAAUCACUUUGGUGCCGACAAGAUUAAGGAACGUAUCCAGGACAUACAGGAACAAUGGGCAGCCUUGGAGCGUCUAUCUGCAGUACGUAAGGCCCGCCUACAGGAAGCCUGCAACAAGCAUCAGUUCCAGGCCGACGCAGACGACAUCGACACCUGGAUGCUGGACGUGUUGAGGAUCGUCUCCAGCGUUGACGUGGGACACGACGAGUUCUCCACGCAGGCCUUGGUCAAGAAACACAAGGACGUGGCCGAGGAGAUCACCAGCUACAGACCUGUCAUCGAAGCGCUGCAUGAACAGUCCCGCACCCUCUCCCCCGAGCAGGCCAGCUCAGAGGAGGUCCAGGGCCGUCUGGCAGGCAUUGAGGAGCGCUACAAGGAGGUCGUGGAGCUGACUCGACUGAGGAAACAAGCGCUCCAGGACGCUCUGGCCCUCUACAAGAUGCUGAGCGAGGCGGACGCCUGCGAGGUGUGGAUCGACGAGAAGGAGCAGUGGCUAAACAGCAUGGAGAUCCCUGAGAAACUAGAGGACCUGGAGGUUAUCCAGCACAGAUUUGAGAGUCUGGAGCCGGAGAUGAAUAACCAGGCCUCUCGUCUUGCCGUGGUGAACCAGGUUGCCAGGCAACUGAUCCACAGCGCUCAUCCCAGCGAGAAGGAGAUCAAAUCCCAACAAGACAAACUCAACACCAGAUGGAGUCAGUUCCGUGAUCUGGUGGACCAGAAGAAGGAUAGCCUGAGCUCGGCUCUGGGUGUCCAGAACUACCACCUAGAAUGUAAUGAGACCAAAUCAUGGAUCAAGGAGAAGACCAAGGUGAUCGAGUCGACCCAGGAGCUCGGGAAUGACCUGGCGGGAGUGAUGGCUCUCCAGCGCAAGCUGACCGGCAUGGAGCGCGACCUGGCCGCCAUCGAAGACAAGCUGGGCGACCUGGGGAAAGAGGCGGAGCGCCUGUCCUCCGAACAUCCGGAGCAGGCUGACGGCAUCAAGGGCCGCCUGGCAGAGAUCAUCAGCGUCUGGGACGAGAUGAAGGACACCAUGAAGAACCGAGAGGAGUCUCUGGGCGAGGCCAGCAAGCUGCAGCAGUUCCUGCGGGAGCUGGAUGACUUCCAGUCCUGGCUGUCCCGCACACAGACGGCCAUUGCCUCCGAGGACAUGCCCAACACGCUGACUGAGGCUGAAAAGCUGUUGACCCAGCACGAGGGCAUCAAGAAUGAGAUCCGCAACUAUGAGGAGGACUAUCAAAAGAUGCGGGACAUGGGGGAGAUGGUGACUCAGGGACAAACCGACGCCCAGUACAUGUUCCUCCGCCAGAGGUUGCAGGCUCUGGACACGGGCUGGAACGAGCUCCACAAGAUGUGGGAGAACCGUCAGAACCUGCUGACCCAGUCCCACGCCUACCAGUUGUUCCUCAGGGACACCAAGCAGGCUGAGGCCUUCCUCAAUAACCAGGAGUAUGUCCUGGCCCACACAGAGAUGCCCACCACACUGGAGGCAGCAGAGGCUGCCAUCAAGAGGCAGGAGGACUUCAUGACCACUAUGGAAGCCAAUGAGGAGAAGAUUAGCGGUGUUGUUGUCACCGGCCGCCGCCUGAAAGCAGAUGGCAACAUCAAUGCAGAGCGCAUCCAGGAGAAGGUGGACUCCAUCGACCAGAGACAUCAGAAGAACCGUGCUGCAGCCAGCGACCUUCUGUCAAGGCUAAAGGACAACAGAGACUUGCAGAAGCUCCUCCAGGACUGCCAGGAGCUGUCCCUGUGGAUCAACGAAAAGAUGCUGACGGCUCAGGACAUGUCAUACGAUGAGGCCAGAAACCUCCACAGCAAGUGGCUCAAACAUCAGGCCUUCAUGGCUGAGCUGCAGUCCAACAAGGAGUGGCUGGACAAGAUAGAGAAGGACGGCAUGGCGCUGAUAGCUGAGAAACCAGAAACAGAAUCCAUGGUGAAGGAGAAGCUGGCAUCUCUGAAAACGAUGUGGGAGAAUCUGGAGUCGACCACCCAGACCAAAGCCAAGUGUCUGUUUGACGCCAACAAGGCGGAGCUCUUCACCCAGAGCUGUGCCGACCUGGACAAGUGGCUGGCCAACUUGGACAGCCAGCUCCAGUCAGACGACUACGGGAAGGACCUCACCUCCGUCAACAUCCUGCUCAAAAAGCAACAGAUGUUGGAAAGCCAGGUGGACGUGCGACAGAAGGAGGUGGAGGAGCUGCAGGGCCAGGCCCAGGCCCUCAGCCAGGAGGGAAAGGACUCGGAGGAGGUGGAUGGACAGAGGAUCAGCGUGGAAAGGAAGUUCAAUGCUCUCCAGGCGCCGCUGCAAAUGAGACGCAACCACCUGAUGGCCUCCCGCGAGAUACACCAGUUCAACAGGGAUGUGGAGGACGAGAUCCUCUGGGUUGAGGAGAGGAUGGCUCUGGCCACAUCAACAGACCACGGACACAACCUACAAACUGUUCAGCUACUCAUCAAAAAGAACCAGACCUUACAGAAGGAGAUCCAGGGCCACCAGCCACGAAACGAUGACAUCUUUGAGCGGAGCCAGCAGGUGCUGCGUGAGGACAGCCCCACGGCGGAGCUGAUUCACCAGCGUCUCGACCAGCUCCAGUCGCUGUGGGAGCAAAUCAAGAAGGAGACGGAGAAGCGACACACCCGCCUCAGCGAGGCCCACGAGGCCCAGCAGUACUACUUUGACGCCGCGGAGGCAGAGGCCUGGAUGAGCGAACAGGAGCUCUACAUGAUGUCGGAGGAGAAGGCGAAGGAUGAGCAGAGCUCGGUAGCCAUGCUGAAGAAGCAUCAGAUCUUGGAGCAGGCGGUGGAAGACUAUGCUGAGACAGUCCACCAGCUGUCUCACACCAGCCGGGGACUGGUGGCUGCAGGACACCCUGAGAGUGAGCGGAUCGGCAUGCGUCAGUCGCAGGUUGAUAAACUGUACGCGGGGCUGAAGGACCUGUCGGAGGAGCGGAGGGGGAAGUUGGAUGAGCGGUUCCGUCUCUUCCAGCUCAACAGGGAGGUGGACGACCUGGAGCAGUGGAUAGCUGAGAGAGAGGUGGUGGCCGGAUCCCACGAGCUGGGACAGGACUACGAACAUGUCACGAUGCUGCAGGAGCGCUUCAAAGAGUUUGCCCGUGACACAGGGAACAUCGGCCAGGAGCGCGUCGAUACGGUCAACCGUCUGGCAGAUGAGCUGAUAAACACGGGCCACGGCGACGCCGCCACCAUUGCCGAAUGGAAGGACGGGCUGAACGAGGCGUGGGCUGACCUGCUGGAGCUAAUCGACACCCGCACCCAAAUCCUGGCUGCCUCCUAUGAGCUCCACAAAUUCUACCACGAUGCCAAGGAGAUUCUGGCCCGCAUCAUGGACAAGCACAAGAAACUUCCAGAAGAGGUGGGGAGGGACCAGAACACAGUGGAGACGCUGCAGAGGAUGCACACCACCUUUGAACAUGACAUCCAGGCUCUGGGCACACAGGUGAGGCAGCUGCAGGAGGAUGCGGUCCGUCUCCAGUCGGCCUACGCGGGAGACAAAGCUGAUGACAUUCAGAAGAGGGAGGGAGAGGUUUUGGAGGCCUGGAAAACACUUCUGGAGGCCGUGGAAGGCCGUCGGGUGAAGCUGGCGGACACUGGAGACAAGUUCCGCUUCUUCAGCCUGGUCCGAGACUUGAUGCUGUGGAUGGAGGAUGUUAUUCGCCUGAUAGACGCCCAGGAGAAACCCAGGGACGUUUCAUCUGUGGAGCUGCUAAUGAACAACCAUCAGGGUAUCAAGGCGGAGAUCGACGCCCGGAAUGACAGCUUCACGUCCUGUAUCGAGCUGGGCAAAGCCCUGUUGGCACGGAAACACUAUGCAUCAGAGGAAAUUAAAGAGAAGUUGCUACAGUUGACGGACAAGAGGAAAGAAAUGAUUGACAAGUGGGAAGAUAGAUGGGAGUGGCUUAGAUUGGUCCUGGAGGUGCACCAGUUCUCCAGGGACGCCGGCGUGGCAGAAGCCUGGCUGCUGGGUCAGGAGCCCUACCUCUCCAGCCGGGAAAUGGGCCAGAGCGUGGACGAGGUGGAAAAACUCAUCAAACGCCACGAGGCCUUCGAGAAGUCCGCUGCCACCUGGGAGGAACGCUUCUCCGCCCUGGAGAGGUUGACGACGAUGGAGUUGUUGGAAGUGAGGAGAAGGCAAGAGGAAGAAGAGAGAAGGAAACAGCCACCACCCACUGAAGCCCCGCCCACUGAACCUUUGCUGCAGCAGAGGGAGGGGGAGCAGUUGUCUCAGAACGGGCUGCCGUCGGACCAGGAGUCUCCCAGGGACAACGGAGAAGUGGGGGAGGUGGUGAACGGGGUGUCAGAGCCCAGUCCUGGAGGGUCUCCCGGGGCUGCGCGCAAGGCCAAGGCGAGCCAGGCAGCUACCCUUCCUGCCAAAACCCAGCAGGACAUACCCACUUCCCAGAUGGAGGGAUUCCUUCACCGCAAGCAUGAGUGGGAGGGACAUAAUAAGAAGGCUUCAAGCAGGUCCUGGCACAACGUGUACUGCCUGAUAAACCAGCAGGAGAUGGGCUUUUACAAAGACCAGAAGAGUGCCAGCCAGGGCAUUCCCUAUCACAGCGAGAUCCCCAUCAGCCUGAAGGAUGCCGUGUGUGAGGUAGCGCUGGAUUACAAGAAGAAGAAACACGUCUUCAAACUCAAAGUUACCAAUGGGAAUGAGUAUCUCUUCCAAGCCAAAGAUGAUGAGGAGAUGAAUGCGUGGAUCUCUGCCAUCUCUGCCACUGUGUCAGGUGACAGGUCAGAGGUCACCCCCAGCAGCCAUAGCACCCCUGCCGCUGCACGUGCUCAGACGCUCCCUGCCACUGUUGCCAUGGCAGCAGAAUCCAGCCCAGGCAAACGAGAGAAAGACAAGGAGAAACGUUUCAGUCUGUUCAGCAAGAAGAAGUAGAUACUACCCACCCUCCUCUCUCUCUCUCUCUCUCUCUCUCUCUCCCCCUCCUCCUCUCAUUUACUUCCCCCUUUCUUCACCGGGUGCAGCUGGGUGGAGUCGUCCCUGGUAACCAAUCUUAAAGCAAAUAUUCUCAGUUCGUUUCUGUUGAUGGGAAAUUCAAUCUAAGGACGGCUUUUUACUACAGUAACACAGCACCCGCUCUUCCUCUCCCUCCUCUUCCAAACCCUUCCUUCUCUUCCUCCUCCUCCUCCUCCUUUCAAAGCGUGACUCCAGCAUGCAAGCUCCGAGCCAGAACUCUCCACUCUGUGCCUAUCAACCGUCUGGUCCGGCUCAGAGCUCCAACUUUAAUACGCCAUCCUUUCCUCCUUCUUCUUCUUCUUCUUCUUCUCUGUUUUCUUUAUUUUUUCCAGUGAUACAGAGCAGGACACAAACAUAAGAUUACAAACGCUUUGGGCAGCUGCCAUCGUUAAAAGAAAAAAAGGUUUACUUCACCACCAAUUUAGAAAAAAUUCCACAACAGUUAAUUACUAUUAUUAUUAUUAUUAUCAUUAUUAUUAUGUGUUUUCUAUCUCUUAAGUAUUUUUUUUUCUUAAAUCUCCCAGCUUUACGUGUCAUCCUGAUGUUUUUGGCGGUUGAUAUCCUUUUAUUUGUUUUGUCUUUUGAUAACUUUUUCCUCGUCGUCCUCAUUCUGUCACACGUUGUGGGUAGGUCUUAGAUCCCAUGCUCAGUUUUGCAAAGCCCUUGUCUUUGCAAGGUGACCCGUCCCCCGUGUGCUGGGGGAAAACGCCGAGACCACAGCGGGGUAAACCCUUUCAAAUUACGCCUCCCUCGUAUCCCAAAUCACCGUUUCAGUAGACAGUAGGGUGUGUUACGGACGGCUCGCCUCGUCACAUUUAAACGAAGAGAAACACAGGAAAGUCGUUUUUCUGCAAUUUGUUGUAGUUGGCUUUUCUCAAACUGCAACCAAAUCACAGCAGUCUGACCAGCAAACGGCGGUUUGAGGUCAGGUUAGUGCCACAGAACCAGAUAUCAGCAACUUCAGCGCUUUGAAUCCAGUGAAUCAGCCCUUUUAUUCAUCUCUGGCAAGUAUUUUCAAAAGGACUUAAGAGAAUAUUUCCAAUACAUAAUGGGUUUAUAACUGUCACAUGUUCCAGUAAACCGUGGCCAAACGUGGGUCUCCGUUCACUUCGGUUCUACUGUGACACCGAUAUAUAAACCCAGUAUGUUCCAGGGAAAGUUUAAUUUGGUAUCUGCACAGUAUUUGUUUAGUUUGAGGUCUUUUCCUUUUUUUAAACACACGUCUACUCACUUCCAAGUGUUUUCAUCAUGUUUUGUCCGGUUCUGCCAGUCUGGUUGCGGUGCGUUCGCAGGGAAAAAAAAUGGAGCAGCUGUAAUUUCAAAUGUUAACCCGUGGUGUGUUUAUCUGUAUGUAAAAGAUGUGUAUAACAAAUUGUUAAAAAAAAAAAACCUGUUUAAUUUCACUUGUUACUACUACUGCUACUACUACUAAGACCCACCAACCGUAAUAAGCUUAAUUAGAAUAUAACUUUGUUAAUCUAAAAAACCAUAAUGCUUAUGUACACUUAACAAAUUUAAAUGAAGGAGUCAUGUUGGUGUUCUUACCAGAUCCCAACAAAGACCAGUAAGAAUGUUUAAUAACUCAUUAAAUUUUACAGUAUCCAGUAAGUUUUAUUUUACACAGCUGUUUUGUUUUACAGAAACAUUAACUUCUACCCUUAGUUAUAUGAAGUAAUUUUUCCUACAGUAUGUAUUUUAAGUUCUGCAAUGUUUAAGAUUUAUUUAGUCCGACAAGAAUGGAGACGUAAAUGUACUAUCAAAAUACUACUUAAGCAUUCUUGUUUAGAAAGAUGAAUUCUAAAGCAUUUACUGGGAAUAAUGUUGCAGAAUUAUGGUCGCUUGCUUGUUGGCUUUAGCACUGCAUUCUUAAGAGUCAGACUCGUGCCUGCCAAUUACUGUGCAUUAAAUCAGUUCAAUUACUGUGUAUUUGGCCUCGCCUGAGAAUAAAAUGGGCCCAAAACUGGAUAGCGGGAUAAAGGGUUGCUUGUUUUGUUGUCGUGGGCGAGGUUUGUCUGGUGGAUCCUGGGACGUAGAUGAGGAAGUCCCAUCUCAACCUAUCUCAACAACCCAGGCAGGCUGAAGAGAAAUGGUUCGAGUAAUUGAAAUGAAUUUCCAUUUGUAGUUGGUCCAGGCCUGAAAUGAUUUCUGUCUAUUUUCUUUGCUACAUUCUCUGGCUAUUUGAUGAACAAUGAUAUGGUGUGCAUUCUUCUGUCA